UGGUUGUCUAUAACUGUAACAUGUGAACUGUAAAGCCCAACAUUUUGUGAAUUGAUUUCAAGGCGACUAUAGAAUCAAAUUUAUGAUCAAUGUUGCACGUGCUUAGACAAAGAAUACAUCUAUAAAAGAUAUGUCACUAACGUCUCAACGUACAUCUUAUUUAAUAGUGAUCGUCAGUGCAAUCAUCGCUAGUGUAUAUUGUAGAGAUGUUUCCUACAUGAAACAGUCCGAUAUUCAAAAUAACUGGUCGAAUUUGCAAACUUGGGGUUCUAGUCAAAAAAACUCUACUACUCCUUGGCCAUCUUUACAUAGUGGAUAUACACAUACCGGCUAUGUAAACAAUCCAACGUGGGUUAGACCCACUACGGGACAACACGUUAUGACUUCUUGGCAAAGGCAGGGACCAAAUCGUAAUUUUAAUGCAGGGUCAUAUGGAAGUAAUCACCAGCCGAACACUAGACCUAAUUUACCUUCAAGUGAUGUGACGGACGAUGAUCUUAAACAAUUUUCCGAAAAUUUACUAGACAAGGAUGUCAAUAAUGCUGCAAAAUAUGUGACAAUCAAUCUACAAAGCAAAACAACCUCAAGAUCUGAUCGGGACGAAGCUCCUUUACCUUUGUUGUCUAUUGAUAAAGAAGCUUUUAGUAUUGCUUCUAUUGAGAAAAUGUUACAGCUUCACAACAAUUAUAUUGUCGAAAGUAAUGUUAACGAACACUACACAGCUCAAGAGAAACAAGAAGAAAAUAAUCUUUUAGACGUAAUCACCAAUACACCCGUAAUGCAAUACACCAGGAAUUUUUUAAUAGAUAAAGGCAAAAUUGGUCGUGACCCAAAAGAAUUUAAAGAUGUCUUACGUGAAAUUUGGUUUAAUAUGUACGCAAGAGGAGGUGGUAGAAUUGGUUCCAGUGGUUUUGAACAUAUUUUCCUUGCCGAAUUAAAGAAUCAUCAAGUUUCUGGGUUGCAUAACUGGCUAUAUUUUGAGGCAGAGGAAAAAAACAACCAAGCUAAUUAUCUCGGCUAUAUGAAGAAAGUCGAUCUUGGAGACAAAGGAGCUAUAUUAAAAUUUCACUUCACGUUUCGUGGAGUCGAUAAACCUGUGGGGUCUAUGUUUAUAGGAACUAGCCCAGAGUUUGAAAUGGCUCUGUAUACUACCUGUUUUUUGUUAAGAGCAGAUAAAAUUUGCCCCUUGUCUCUCAAUGGGCAUAGAUUUAUUAUACGAGCAUUCACUUAUCGAUACCGAGGAAAGAAGUUGAUUGGAAGCGCUUUUCCCGAAAUCUAACCAAUUUUCAGGUUUUUAAAUACGCAGAUCAGAUCUUUAACUUCCAGAUCUCAUCACUUGUUUUUAUAAAGUUACGUUGUUGUUGUUGUGUGUUAAUUUUAAAGUAAAUAGUGUUCGCGUAUUACUUAAUUUUUUACCAUUGAGUUGUAACUGAAUGUUUUAAAUUUAUUAUACUUAUUGUUGUAUUUUA